AUGUAGAAAAUAAUACUUUCAAGUUUAUUGUUGUUUAGUUUAAUACUUUUGGAUAAUAUUUAUGGGAAAAUGACAUUUGAGUUGAGCAAUUCAAUAACAGAGUAUUUGUAAUAAUAAUUUGAUUAUGGGAAUGAAAAUGGAUUAAUAGGUAUAAUAGAAUAGAUGAAUUAUAAUUAGAAAGUUUUCUGUUAAUCUUUUAGGUAUUGGGGGGAAGAUAAUUUAUGGGAAUGUUAUUCAUUAUUCUUUGGUUGAAAUCAGGAUUGAAGGAGUAGAUUUUAAAAUUAAUUACAAUGUAUUCGAUUACAGCAUUUCUUGGACAUUUUACUAAAAUGAUCUUAGUUUAGCCAAGACCAUUUUACGAAGAAACAGAUGUUCGACUAGAUUUUUGUUAAAAAGGUUAUGGAGAUCCAAGUGAUAAUGCUUUAAGGUCUGUUGUAUUUUAUGUAAUUUUAUCAGAAACUUUAUUAUUUAAAAAAUAUAAGGUUUAGGUAAGUGAUUUAGGUGUUCUUAGUUCAAUUAAUUAAGAUAAAAAACUUUAAUAUCAAUAUAAAUAAUUAUCAAAGUAUAUCUAUCUUAUAUUGUAGUGAUGAUCUUUACACAUAACUCUAUCCAAAUACAAUGCUUAGUUAUAAUCAAUAUAAAUUGAUGUUGGCUACUUUUUUAUUUAUUACUGGUAUAUCCAAUUCUUAUUUUGGCUUAAAUUAUCUAAGUUAGGUAAUAAUGGGAUGGAUUAUUGGUGGAUAUAUACUAUACAUCUAUUAUUUUUGUGAUUUUGAAAAAUAAUUAGAAAGACUAUUUAUAUAAGCAAUCUAUAAUCAGUCUGAUUAACUUCAUAACAAACUUCGUCAUGUUGGAAAAUUGGCUCUUUUAAUAGCAUUUCCAAUAUUAAUUUCAAUUAUACUUUAUAUAAUUAGAAUAAAUGAUAUAGAGUUAAUUUAGUAAUAGGAGGAAUGGGGUGUCUUCUUUUUAAGUCAUCCAAAAUGUGAAAAUAAAGUGUAAGGUUUCAAUAUGUCAUUUGAAAAAUAGGAAAUAAUAGGAAUUUGCAUUAUCUUUUUGCCCUUUUAUCUUUACUUUUGUUGUUAUUUUACACAUGGACAAUAUAAACCAGAUUUAUACAACCAUUAAACUUUUACUUUAAAAGGUUUAGUUAGAGUAUUGAUACUUGUUGGUUUACUUAUUUCAUAAGUGGCCAUUCAUAUUUUCAUUAGAAAAGUAGUGAUGAGCAAUAAUUUAGAAAUCAAUAUAACUUAUUUAAUAAUAGGUUAAUUAUUCUUAGAAUUUUAUUUUUCCUUUUUGUUGAUUACAUUAUUACCAUUGCUCUAUAAAUUAUGUAAAGCUGAUAUUGAUGGAGACUUUUUAAGAAAAAUAAAUUAAAUCGAAAUGCAAGAAAUGGAGUUGUGA